AACAUAACUUAGGCGGCAACUACCAAAUUUAGCGCCAGGCUGAAAGUGCUUGGAGUCUCCGGACAGAUGGAGCCGGCACUUGGCGUAGAAACGGAGAAUGUGCUUGUCAGUCUUCCUUGUGGAUAGCGCGGGUCGUGACGGACGACCGUUCUCGCUCUCUGAUUAGCUCAAGCCUCGCUCUUUACCUUAACGCCGAGUUUUUACGGUUCCGAGAUGGAUCGAAGGAUCGACUUUCUACAUCGCCAAUAUAUCGCGGUCUUCGACAACGGGAAUCGGCUGUUGAUGUCCAAAAUUUGGAUUGACGUCCCCGUACGCCAUGACAUUCAAAAAGAUCACUGUCAAGGUCUCACAUUUGAUCACGUCGUCAUGGGCGAGGAUUCAAUCAAGGAACUGAAGCAGUCCAAAGUUCCCUAUAAGGGCGAGCCCAAAAAGUGCACAGCCAAAGGGCUUCCUUGCUUUGUCUAUUCCAAUAGAGGCUGUAACCUGGAUAAAGAAAGCAGUCCCCCACUCGCGUAUGCUCUCUGUUUUGAUCCCCGAUUACGGCGAAGCAACAUGCUAGGGAACGCACUUGGCGUCGGUGAUGACACUCGGCUAUGCAGAUGUAUUCAAACAAGAGGGAAACCCCAUGUUGUCGCGCUAAUGUCACGACAUCCUAACCGCUCCAAGGUGUCCGUACUCCAGGCCAGGAACUGUCCCAAGAAUCAGCUCCCAGAUCCACCCAACAGAAUCCGCAAUCCUCGCACCAUCGCGCCACUUGAGAGACGGAUUGCAAUGGUUACAGUGUACGAAGAGUGCCUCGAUGGGUCCAUGGGUCCUGAAAUCGUACAGACACUUAAAUGA